AUAGUCAAACUAAUAUUUCCCUAGCUAUAUUACAAUAUUAUUGUAUGUCCUCAGCCUGCUUUCAGACUUUUGUGUGAAGAGUUUUUGCAACUUUUGUAAAUAUUUCGUUCUAGCCCAUAUAACUCAGCCAAGAGAAGACAGACAGAAGUCUUCCAUAGUAACGUCUCUUCCAGCAUUUCUGACUUCUUUCAAACAAUAUGUCUGCAGUUAAACCCAAGGUGUACCAGGGUGUGAGGGUGAAGGCCACAGUCAAAGAACUUCUGGAAAAACGGAGAGCCCUUCAGGCAGCGAUAAAAACCACAGCGAUAUCUCAGAGCGUGGCGAUUCAGGAUGUUUGUUCCCCGUCUUUUCCUGCCUAUCCUUUUGAUGUUUGCCCUGGGAACUCCAUGCCAGAUGGAAGUUUCCAGCCGAGACAAUAUGCGGACAACUUUUGCAACGUCCCGAUCGAGGCCGGUGCGUUCGAUAAUCAGCAGUUGGUUAACAUGAUGCUGCCGCCGGAGAGUUUCAGCAGCAGCUUUCUGCCACCGGCUUCCGCUGCCCCGACCUGGCCGCAUGGACAUUUCGCAUCGAGCGCGGAUUACUACAGCCAUGGCAUGGCUCCGGGCUCCCCGUCAGACUCCAUCAGUCUCCCCAGCCCGGCAGAUUACAGCAGUUAUUCGCCUCCUCAGUGUUACUCGUCGUCGUCCUCGUGCUACAGCUCUCCCACGCGCAUGGACUCGGGUUACGGUUUGGCCCCAGAGUGUUACCAUUACCAGCACUGUGGCCCCCAGCACUGCUACUGCGUGUCGCACUGGUCCGGUCCCCAGGACAGCGUGGCCAACAUAGAAUACGCACCUUUCGGCACGUCAGACUCCACCUACGCAGCGGCAGUGGAAGAGAACUACUUUAGGAGGGAUAUGCCCAACACUGAGAUAUGCUACCUUUAAGACGGCGUUUCCUGUUCUGUUUGAUGUUCCUCAGUGUCUGUAUCCUGUGCAAGUGUACAGCGUUUUUAUUGUUUUUCCUCGUUUGCUUGUUGUGUUGCAUUUGAUGGCCUCCCUUACAGCUGUCCAGCCUACCACUAGAAUGAGAGAACUGAUGAACGGAUGAAUGUAAUGCAAGAAUGUAGAAUAUUCUGUCAUUUG